GCGGACAAUGGGGGCGCGGGGAGGUGGUGGCAGGAAAAUGGCAGCGGCCGGAGGCACCGUGGGACGUUCGGCGGCCGUUGUUGCCGCGCGGCUGCCGCUCUCGGCCUGCCUGCUGGCCGCCGCCGCCUCGUUGGCUGCCGUCAAAGUAUCGGCAGUAGAAGUCACCACACCAGAGGAGAUAUUUGUGGAGAAUGAAACAGACGUAAAGCUUCCAUGCACAUUUACAUCCGUGGAGGUGAUCAGCAGUGCAGCAUCUGUUUCUUGGAGUUUUCAACCAGAAGGAGCAGCAACUCGUAUCUCAUUUUUCUAUUACUCUAAUGGAAAGCCGUACACUGGAAAGGACAUACCAUUUAAAGACAGGGUCACUUGGGCUGGAGAUCUUAACAAGAAAGACGCUUCUAUCAGUAUAUCAAACAUGCAGUUCCAGGACAAUGGCACUUACAUUUGUGAUGUCAAGAACCCACCUGAUAUUGUUGUCAAACCAGGAGAAAUCCGGCUUAGAGUUGUGGAGAAAGACAGCCUGCCUGCGUUCCCCAUUGCCAUGGUGGCAGGGAUAGUCAUCGGUACGGUUACAGGUCUCACACUGCUCAUCUCUAUUGUCGUGUGUCUUGUUAUGAGAAAGAACAACUCUAAAAAACGUUACUCUGGCUGCGGUACAUCUGAAAGCUUGAUGUCACCAGUUAAGCAGGCUCCGCAGAAGUCGCCCUCCGACACAGAGGGUCUGGUAAACAGCGUACCCGCCAGAUCACACCAGGGCCCAGUCAUUUACGCGCAGCUAGAUCACUCCGGAGGACAGCACAGCAACAAGAUUAACAAGUCAGAGUCUGUGGUCUAUGCUGACAUUCGGAAGAACUGAGAUGUGAUCCUAACCUGUCUAUAGCAAAACACUCUUUCAGACUGGAAUUGCUUAAACAAAAUUUGACCCAGAGAACUCACAUGUGGCCUUUGAUGCCUAGGCUAGGACCAAUGCAUGUGCAUACAGAGGGAAAGAUAUAUAUGUAUUGUGUGUAAAUAGUCUAUUUAAUCGUAGAGAAGUGAGACCAAUGUUGCAUGUUGAAAUGCGCUAAGAAUUCUGCUUAUAAAUUGCCAAUAUUCUUUUUGUAUCUUGUAUGAUGAGAGAGAAAGUGCAAACUCACAUCACAAUUUAAUAAUAUUUUUUAUUGUAUCAAUGGAGAAACUGGAAGAUGCCUGAGGAUUCUAGAUUGACUUGGAGAUUUUUUUUUGUUUAUAGGGCCUGAUUUCUUUUGUUGUUGUUGAGGUGAAUACAAAAAAGGUAACUUUCACAGGGUAUUCAUGUUUUCUCAAUCAGGUUGUCAGUACAAAAGCUGCCUUCUCCUAUGAGGUAGACAUUCUCAUUUGGUCUUGUAAGCAGAAUUGUGACUCCUAGCUAUCAGAAAUAGAUGUCUUACCUCUGCAAGUGAAGAAAAUGUUCA